AUGGACAGAAAUAAAUUGGCAUGUGUUCAAUUAAUUGAACGUAAUCCGGUGUCUGCAUUAUUAACGAUGGCUAAUCAUGUAGAUGGCGGUCUGGAUUUUGACACAGAUUCAGAUUCAAGUGACGAUGAGUUUGAGGAAGGUCAAUUAGAUAUGCUGCCACCCAUAGCUGGGUGGCACUGCUCAGAGGCAUCAGAGGAAAGCCAGGAACACCUUGAAAAACUGAAACAACUAACAUCAGAUGAUAAGGAAAAGUUGAAACAGCUUUACAGGCUACUAUGCAGUGGAUCAAUGGAGUUAAAGGCUUUAAUACUGAAUGGAACCCUAAGCCUUAAUGUGGCAUUCUACCUCAAAUCCAAGUCUGACUCUAAUGGAGGGUGCUACUGUGGCCAUUACUUUGAAUCGGGGCACAAUCAUUAUGUCGAGAAGUACCUGGAUAGGUUGGAUUCAGGUUGCUGUGAAUGUUUGGAGGUUGAGGGUGAGGCACAGCAGGGAGGUGGAGAUGGUGGAGACAAUGACUUCCAGAUUGCUGUAGUUUAUCCAUUACAUGUUGUAGCCAGACAUGGGCACACAUGGCUAGUACAACUUCUUGUUGAGCAGGGAUGUAAUACAUCAGUCCAAACAAAGAUCCUUCGUAAAACACCCCUUCAUCUUGCCAUAGAGCACAACCAAUUAGACAGUCUUAAAGUCCUCGUAGAACACAGCACGGUGGAAACAUGUAACAUUCAGGACUAUCAUGGUCAUAGUCCACUCAUCCUUACAGCCAAGAAGCUGUAUUAUGGGUUCCACCACCAGAUGCUUGAUUUGCUGUUAAAUAAAGGUUGCGAUACGAACAUGCGUAAUCAACGGGGGGAAACUGCAUUGUUGAUUCUAGUUUGCGAUAAUAGCACAUACAGCAUACAGAAGUUGAUAGAUCAUGGCGCAGAUGUUAAUAUAUGCAGUAAGAGAGGGAUUGCGCCAUUGACGUAUGCCGUGAGAAAUAACAAGUUGGAAAAUGUGGUAACUCUUAUAAAGGCAGGAUGUGAUGUGAACAAGCCUGCAAUUGCCAUACAGGGGUCUGACUUCCCCCUGCAUAUGGCUGUUAAUUAUGGCAAUGUAGAGUGUGUUAAGCUACUACUAGAUGCUGGAGCAGACACAAAUGUCAAAGGGGAGUCUGGGUACACACCUCUCCAUGCUGCUGCAAUAAGCAACUUUGUCCAAAUAUGCGAGGAGCUACUUGUGAAAGGUUCAAAUGUAAAUAUACAGAAUAAACACGGUUACACACCCCUACAUCUCGCUGCUUGGGACGGCCAUUUUGAAAUCGUCAAACUGUUGUUAGAUAACGGUGCUUUACAUGAUACGCGCACUGAUGAUAAGAAUACGCAACUAGCCCUUGCAGCGCAUGGUAAUCACUCAAAUAUCAUAGAUUUGCUACUCACACAGGGCUGUGAUGUGAAUAAUGCAGAUAAAGACAAUGAUACUCCAUUGAUGUAUUGCACGUACAAUGGAGAUCUUGAAAGUUGUAAGAAAUUGAUUGAACAUGGUGCCAAUAUCAAUUUCCGAAAUGUCCAAAACACUACAGCAUUAUGGAAUGCCGUGCAAAUGAAUCACCCAAAAGUUGUGCAGCUUCUUUUGGAAAAUAACGCAGAUUUGGAUGUGGCGAGUCGGGGCAUAGACCAGCAUGCUCAGUCUAUUGGAGUAGUCCUCAUCUACGAGAAUCCAGUGACACCAUUUCUUGCUGCGUGUAAAAACAAUGAACCAAAAUUGGCAAAGUUGUUGGCCCUGGCGGGAUGUAGGAUUUCUGAGGAUGAUUUAAAGGAACUUUUAGCCAUUGUUAGUGCAAUGGAGCAAUCGCAGUCGCAAUUGCGCGAUUCAAUGACAAAGCUCUACGAUUUUUGCUGCAAUCCUCGUACACUGAAACGAAUUACACGAAGGGCUGUGAGACAAUGUCUUGGGGCAAAUAUAGGGGAAAAGGUCCUCACAUUAGAGAUACCUUUAUGUCUGAGGGACUUUAUUACCUUGAAGGAAGUGUAGUGUCCUUGAGUGUCUCACUCUCCGUGACAUAAGUCCUCCGCUAAGGGCUGAAUGGCUGAUGUAAAAAGUCCAAUCUGGCAGGUCUAAUAUGAAGGACUUGCUUUCUCCAAGUAAAAGCAAACCCAUAAUUUAUUAUACAGUUUACUGGGAUCUCGUUAGAAUAAAUGAAUUAGGAAUUAAAUUGUAAUUAAGAAACAAAAUUUGAUUUUCAUAUGUGGAUGAAAAGACCACAAGGUAUUUGCGUUGGCACUAAA